GCCAAUCAGAACAGGACUAGGGGUGACGUCACGGAAGCAGGCCCUGCUGAUGGCGGAAGCUGCAGGUAUAGAGCCCCGGGGAGCUCCCGUUACAUUACUGAGAGUAGGGACCUAGAUGCAGUCGCCGGAUGGAGUUUGGAGUCGCCAUGUAUUUGUGCCCCUAAUGCCCAUGUACCCACAGCGCCAUGCAGCGGGGGUCCCUGGCUAGGGGCGAAGAUGAAGACCGCCGGGCAAGCACCGUGCCUUAUUCUCACCCAGAGCAGCCCCCCCCCAUCCCCGUGUUCAUCUUUCCCCCCAGACUGGACUUUUAUGCUGACGAUCAAGUCAGUCACAAGCAGGUGCUCACCCUGUAUAAUCCCUUCACCCACGUGCUCCGAUUCAAAGUUCUAUGCACAGCCCCAUUACGUUACACAGUGGUGGAAGCUGAAGGCCUGGUGAAGCCCAAUUCCUGCAUAGACAUAGUGACGCGGCACCGGGAUAUCCGCGCACGGAACUACGGGACUACGGAUAAGUUUCGCGUGGACGUUUGGGAGGAAGGAGCAAGUAGGGGCAGGGGGGGCAGGAAGGACAUCGCAGCCACAUUACAUGCCACAAAGCCGCAGGCAGCAGAGCGGCCCCCCCACGUGUCCCUGCCGUGGCACCCCCCCUCACAUGUCUAUUCCAUGCAACACGGAUUCCCUCGCACUCUCUCCCCGUGGUUAUUUGGGCUGUACAUCUUGGCCGGGCUGGUUUCCAUGGUGAUCCUGAUCUUGCCGUUGCACGGAGACACGCGGAGCCUCUUGCACGAGAACCUGCAAGUGUCGGUGGUGCAGAAACUGGUGGCGGCCUACGUUCUAGGGCUCCUGACUAUGGUUUUCCUACAAGGGUGACGCAGCAGGGACUGCAGAGCGCAAUCGGCCGGCACCAGUGCAACUGCACCUCCCACUGGAACAAACCAUGGAAGCAGGGAGGGUUCAGCAUGGUGUGGGUAGGGGAUCUGUUAUCUGGAAACCUGCCAGUCCCGUUACCCAGCGUGUUCUAUUAAAAUGACUUCCCCCCCCCAUUUCAUAUAAUUGAUCCCACGCUGUACUGCCACCCUGAGAGACGGGUGCCCCUGUAUUGUGUCCAUAGAGACAGUGCCCCCCUCCCCCCCAAUACUGUGUCUCAGAUCUGCAGAACCAAUAAAGUGAUCAGCCGGGA